GGGCGAUAUUUGAUCAGCAACCAAUGAAGACGAGAAAACAAAGAGAGUGACUGAAACCAUAGAAACAAAACGGAAGUUUACUGCGUAGUGUAAAGCGCUUUGGAGGAAUAAAUAGCUUUUGCUAUCGGCUCUUACAACUAAUGUAGCGAAGGUUCAGCUCCUUUUGAGUGGAAAUGUUCAAAGCAAAAAUACUCUUUAUUGGUCCAAGUGAGGUAAGUGAAUGCGACAACGUAAUGGUUAAAUCCUAGCAUCUUUCAUGCUUAACAGGCUGAAGAAUAUGUUAGCUUCAUAACUAAUCUCCAAGCUAAUGCUUGCAAACUGAUCAAAACGGGAUUUCAGAGAGGACUUGUACCUAAUGCAACAAACGUUUGCAGAAUUGCGCUAGAGGUAUUUCCAUACUUGUCCUGAGCUAAAGCUGCAUCAGUCUAAAAAACACUUCCUCCAUAAAAACUUAAAGGGAUAAACACAACUCACCUAAGAUCUUCUAGCAGCCGAUUGUUGGUAGCGAGACCUCCAGGCGAGUCCACUGACUACAGCGGGGUGACGCAGCUCAAGGAAGAACAUUUGCGGUCGUUACUUAAGUUGGUAUAACUAGAGAACCAAGCGGCGGCAACAUUCAUCUCUCGAGGGGAUGUCUAACUUGGUGUUAGUAUGUGUUUGACCUGAAAUUAAUUUUACGCUUUAUCCCUUUUACAUAUUAUCAUUUUCACACAAUGGUAUGCAAUGGAGGAAGAACACAAGUUUAACUUAUAACAUUAGUUAGAGGAAACUGUAUGUGUUACUGAUGACAUGAAUCAUGAUUGCCAUCAUUAAGGCUAAACCAAUGUGUUCCCCUUGAAAGAGGAUUCACCCAGUUAGUGUUACUGGAAGCAAAUGUGUUUUUCCCAUAAUGCCAAAUCAAACAUUGCUGUAAAGAGGUACAGUCUUUGUUAAGUUGCUUGCAGACCCAAUGUUAAGUCAUAUAUAUAUAUUUUAAACAAAAUCCUUCUCACAUUUUAAGUAGUUAUUAAAACCAUUCAUCCUUUUUUCAGAGCGGGAAAACAGUUCUUGCAAAUUUCCUCUCAGAAACCUCAGAAUAUAUGGGAGGUGAAUACAGUCCAACUCAAGGAGUAAGGUAAGAACCAUGUGUCCAAUUUCAUUCAGUUUUCCACAUGACACAAGCAAAUCCUUGAGAUAGAAAUACUUUGAUCAAGCAAAACUUUUGUGAAGUUGUUUUCAUUUUUAUGUAAAUUCACCUGAAUGAUUAUUAGUGUCAACCACUUUUUCUCCAAGGAUACUGGAAUUUGAGUCACAAUCUGGAGCCGGUGGAGGUGGCAGGGCAUGUGAGGUCGAACUCUGGGACUGUUCAGGAGACUUCAAGUAAGAUAAAUGAUCACUAGAGUGUUUUGUAUGACUAGAGGCAUAAAUAAGAACUGACAUUGUUGUCCAUUAGGGGUAAUUACAGUUUAAAUACUGAAACAAAACUAACUCAUUGAAUCAUGAUACAAUUCUGCGAUAACUGAAAAACUGCAGGACAAUAAUGCACAUUAAGAUAUGAAGUGAAGAAGACACGCUGCCCCUGAAAGGUAAUGAGUAGGAUUGAUGGUUUCAGUUUGAGGAGUAAUAAAGAAGUAAUGAGGGGGGUCACAUAAGAGAGAAAUUGGUUUAGAGUCCAGGAUUAGUCUUUGAUAAAAAAAAAAAUAAUUCAUGCAUUAUAAUCAAAAUACAUGAGUCAUGACAAUAAAUUGCUAUUCUGUUAUUUUCUCAUCCAUGCAAUCCAUAAUUGGUUUUCCUCUCAGAGUCUUAUGCUAUGAUACAGACAUACAGUUUAUUCUUUUCAUAGAUUUGAAUCCUGCUGGCCAGCACUGAUGAAGGACUCCAGUGGUGUUGUGAUCGUUUUUAAUCCAGAUGUUCCAAGUCACCUCAAGGAAAUUGAGACGUGGCACUCAAUGUUUAUCUCCCCUCAAAGUUUGCUUGACAGCCAGUGUCUACUCAUCGCUCACCACAAACCUGGCAGCGAAGUGGAAGAAGGACGGCUGCCUCUAGGUAUUUCCUCUGCAGGCCUUUCAAAGCUGUCACAUAAGCUUUUUGUAAUGAAUUAACAGACUAACAUGUCCCCUCUUUUGAUGCAGCAUCACAUUUGAGCAGACUGCCGCUUAUUCACUCCAAUCUGGACGAUGAACCUGAGGAUGUGAAGGUAGCUUUCCAGAGAUACUUGGGGAAUGUUGUCAAUGCAAUGUCAGAAAGCCGGGAGCGAGAAGAGAUGUCAAUCAUUACGUAGCUGAACACUAAGCAGCCUAAUGAAUAAGGACUCACCACUGGUACUCUCUGUUUCUCAACUAUUUUUCUUCGCUGUCAUUCAGCUGUCUGACAUUCCCUAACCUCUUGCAAACUUUUCUACAGUAAGCUGGACUUUCUCCACAGUGACUUGUUUUGUUUGCGUACAGUCUUUGUAUCUAAAUAAAAUAUGAACUCACUGAAAAUAAAAACCCAAGAGAUGCCUUAUAUUUUUCUCAGAUUUAAGACAAGUUUAUUUUAGUGCAGGCUGCUGUGAAUGUGACAUUAGGAAGUGCAGAAGAACAAUUCAACAUUCAGACAUCGUAUCCAAUUAUGCCUCCUUUGCCGAUGCAUUCCCCGAUGUAGAACCACAUCAGAACCUCAGUGGUCACAAGUCCAUUCCUCAAGGCGUCCUGUUAAACAAACAAGAAAAAGAUCUGAUUCCACUCAAAAAAUAGGUCCAACAACUUUGAAGGUUAGAGCCUGUGUCCACCACACACUGCCUACUGAAAACACACACACACACACACACACACACACACACACUUGUAUUUGAAUGUAAACAGUUAAGUCUAAUGUGAUAGAGUACCUUCAACAUGAACAAAGUCUGUCCAGGUUAAUAUUUAACAUCAUGUUCUUGACAUUUUAGAUUCUUCACUCAUUUUAAAAUGAACUGCAAUGUAAGGCUGCAAGAUACUGGAAAAAAUUAACACUGCAAUUUUUUUCAACCCUGUGAUAUUUAUUGCAAUACUGAAAAAAAGAGGAAUUUUCAGCAUUUGAUCUGAAUAUCACUUUCUGCUGAAGUCUUGAGGACAGUUAACCUGCUCUGAUCUUACCUCUUUUUGUGAAUGUUAGUAGAAUGGCUUCUGUCUGUCUUAGAGAUAUUUUUAGCUUGCUUUUAUUGUGCUGGUUUGUUAUUGUGGAAACAGAUGAACACAGAACACGUGUUUUGGUCGACAUCAUCCUUCUUGCAACCGAAAUAAUUCCAGAUAACUGACUUUCCUUUUCUUUUUGUCAAGGAGUCUUCAUAUUCGGUGGUUUUCUCUUGUUCGUUUCUCAUUUUGAAAUCGUUGUUGUUGUAACCGGUGUUGUAUCGAGAAACACAUGCCCGCCGAGAAUUGCAACGACCUUACAGAAACACGCACCACUUAUAGUAGAGCGGUCCAUGGAAAUGUACAAUUUAAAACCCAUACAAUUCUUAUUUGUUGGGCUAAACAGUGAUGAGUAAUGUUACCAAAGUAAUUCUCGGCGGGUAUGCGUUUCUCAGCACAACACCGGCAGCGCCAGCGACUUACUCCAUGUGGAGGGGCAUGGUAUUCUCCUCUCUGAUUAUGAUUGACGGCUGGCAGGGUAGUCUGAUUGGCCACUGAGCAGAGAAUGAAUGUGAUUGGUGGAUCGCUGCACAGCGCACGCAGAGUCACAUGCAGUGUAUCUACCCUUGAAAUUGGAUGAGUUCACAUGUACAUCGCAAUGACGCUGCUCAAACGAUAUACCGUGCAGCCCUACUGCAAUGGCUUAAAAUGUUAUUUACUGAUUGUUUCUGUUUGUUGCCAAAUGCCCAGUGUAGAUCCAUUAUUCCUAAUGCAUCUUUGCUCAGUAUAUGAUUUUCUUGAUUACUUGACAAGGGGAACACCUUUAUGAUAUCCAGACUGAACUACAAAUGCUGCAGGGUGGUUUUCUGGAAACUAAGUAGAUCAUUAGUCCGAUUCAAGAACCUUUUUGACGAAUUUCGAUUAGAAAUAAAAGUCACCUCAACACCCGUAAACCAAACCCCCCCUCUUUUAAAACUCACCCUUAUUGUGGUUUGUCCCACACGUCCCGCCUGAUAGCUCUUGAUCAGGCCCUUUGCGGCCUCUAUUGCUUUGGGGAUCUCAGCAGGUGAAGGUGGGACCAGCUCCACGCGGGCAUAGUACCAAAAGGUCGCGAGCCGGGGUUUGGAGUAUGCAACAGCCGC